GCGGCGGCGGCGCUGGCGGCGGUGACGAACUCAGGCCCCGGCAGCGGAGACGAGGUGGCGGGGGCUGGCGGCGGCCGGAGCAAGCAGCCCGAGGGGUCGUGAGGGCGCCAGGCCGCCCCCCAGCGCAGCCCAGCCCCACGCCCCCCAGUCUCCUCCAGCCCUCCGGGGCCCCCAGCAGCCGGGGCCGUGGAGCACCGGGGCAAGGGCCGGGGCCCCCCCAUGAAGGAACGAGACUCGGCCCCGGCCGAGCGGGGCAAGCCGGCCACCUACACCGGGGACAAGAAGGCGAAGAUGGCGGCCAAGACCAACAAGAAGUGGGUCCGGCUCGCCACCGUGUUCGCCUACGUGCUGUCCGUGUCCCUGGCCGCCAUCGUCCUCGCCGUCUACUAUAGCCUCAUUUGGCAGCCGGUGGGGGCCGGCACUUCUGGGGGUCCCGGCGGCCCGCCCCCCGGCCCCUCCAACGCCACGGUCACGGCGCCGGCCGGAACCCCAGGGGCAGCGCCAGGGGCGCCCAACGCCACGGCCUCGCCGAGGACCGAGGCUCCUCAAGAUGCGCCCCCGCUGCAGAACGCUGGGACCCCGGCCCGGCCGCCUGGCCGGUCCCGAGAGCCAGAGGAGGAAGCUCCGGCGGCGGCACCCGGGAGUCGCUGAAGCCGCUCCGGAUGGGGGGCGGCUGGGAAUCCGUCCCUGGCCUUCCCAACCCCAGGGGAGCAGGACUUUGCAGCCGCCGGUGCAGGGCGGGGAGAGUCGGCUGGGGGUGUGGACCCCCGGCCGGAGCCGCCAGCCGCCCCCGGGCCCGAUUUGCUUCGGAGAGAGGGACCAAGAUUCGCCGCUGGCUUUCUGUUGCGUCCUCAGAGGACCGUGAUGCACUAGGGCCCGAGCCAGGAGGAUGGUUGGGGUGGGGGGUGGGGAGAUUCCUAGCCCCGAACCCUCUUGAGCUCUCUCUUGAGUAUCUUUAAAGGGGGAGGGGUAUCCCGGGCUUUCCCAUCUCCCCCACCCCAGACUCAGGGGCCGGAGGGAGCUCUAGGGGGCUCAUUUUAUAAGCUGAAGCUCCCACAAAAGUGGGAAGCAUAAGUAGUGGAGCUCAGGUGUCAACCUAGUUGCAAAUGGCCACAGAUGCAUUUAAUUUAUAAAUUCGUGUAUAUAGUUGUUGACAUAUGCACUUAGAAGCUAUAAUUACAUAGAACUAUAUAUAUUCACCCACACCCUGAAUAGCUACUGAUUGGUGUGUCAAGCAAGGGCUAUCGUCCAGAAAAAAUGCUGCCCCCCUACCCAGGUGCAGCUAGUCAGGAGGGCACAGUAUCUUUAGUCAUGAAAUUGCUUUAUUCAUCACCCCUCUCCUCCAUCCUUCUCCAGUUGAUUGAUUUGUGACAUCUUUAAACCAGCAACACUUAUUGUUGGAUUAGUUUUUAGACUUGAUGUGACACUCUAAAAACCUCAGGAGGAGCGGAAGCAGUUUUUUGGGAGAAUGGGAAAUGGGAUGACACCCCCCACCCUCCCAAGAUGCUUCCUGUUGCAUCUCCAAUUAUCUGGACUGGAGCCAGGAUAGAAGGAAGGGAAAGAGCAAGACCUCUCUGUUUUAUUCUUAACCUUCCCACCAUUGGGGUGGGUUGGGGAAAAGUGAGCAAAGAGUGCCUGGCAAGAAUUUUUCUGCCCUUCAAGGUCUGGCAUUACUCCAGUAAUCACACUCUUAUCAAGCAUAGACUUUCCUCCCUCUUGAUCCUGUAGUGAAAGCCUAACCCUCUCCUUGGGACUAAAUCUGUUCUGGUAAAAUAAGAGCCUUGUCACCAGCUCUCUGGUUUAGGAACUGUACCACAGAAUCAGAAGGGUUGCGGAGGUGGGCUUCAAACUUGUAAUUGUGUUUAGGCACAAAUAGCUUUUGUUAGCCAGCAAACAGGAAAAAAAAUUCAUGUGAAAGGUACAUUGAUGUGUUUUUCUCUCUCCUGAUAAAAUCUCAUUUAUUCAGCAUAUAUUUUUUAUUGUGGGGUUAAGAAACAAAGGAAAAUGACAUGGCUUAAAAGGAGCAAGAGUCAUUCUUUCUAUCUGGAUUCCAUUUCCCUCUGCCAUUAGCAAUAGCUAAAUAAAAUACUUGCAGUGCAGUGACAGGAGAGCAAACCCUUUAGUAUUUCCUUUUUGGGAAAAUAUGGCACUUUAAGAAAAAAGAAAAGCAAAAAAACAAAACAAAACAAAAAAACCUUUUUCACCUGUGUGAAAUAGUUCAUCUCUGCUAUUUUCUGGCCUAGUCUUUAGCCAGCUGCAAUUCAAGUUUACCAGACAGCAGCUAUGCUUUAAGCCAUUGUCCUGUGUGGGCCAAGAUAACAGCACCAGAGCUAUAAUAGUCUAGGAACAGGCCAGUAGCACUCUGAAGAGUACUGGCUAGAGAAAGACUUCUUAACUGCUGGCUAUGGUCAUUAGGAAGUCUAUGGGACCUUUUUUUUCCCCAGUAGGGAGAAUGGCGGGGGGAAAAAAAAACCAUGAAAUAAUCACCUUUAUUACUUCAAUAAUAGUCUGAAAUUUAUAUUUACUGUGUGACUUUUUAGUCCUACAUUUUAAUAAUUUGUAAGUUUAUCUGUUGUCUCAAGACCUUUUGAACAAGAGACCAUCUGGGAUUCCUCAGCAUUUCAGGACUGUCUUAAUUCACCUUGGGAUCAAAGAAUCUAGCAAGACUAUUUUAAUGUCCAACUGCUGCCCCACUAACUCUCUAAAGCCUUCACUGGAAAUGGGACAUUAGCUCCAGCUCUAGGUGUGAACAUGCUCAGAGACCUUAUUUAUAAUUCAGCCAUCUAAGAUAAACCUGUACUCAAAAGUCCUGUAUAUUUUUAAAAGUUUUAUUUUUCAGGUGAACAAAAAUACAUUCUAAGAACUCUGCCUAAA